UUGAAUUUCUUUGACCGAUUCCCCGAUUCUCGAAUGACAAUUCUUGAUAAAUUCCAAGCAUUUGAUUCCCUAACGAGUUUAAUUCCGAUAAAAAUAAAAUCACUGAUGCGAUAAUCUAUAGAAAUCAUUUACAUUUCGUUUUCUUCCUUUUGCAUGAAAUAAAGAACUCUGAUUGGUUGAAUUUCUUAUGCCUUAUGUGUAUGCGUUAUGCAAGAGUUGUGUUCCCCGCUUUAUGACAUGCUCGCUGCUCGCGUCGCAGUAUUUCGCGGCUGACAGAUUUCCUAACCUGAAUAGUUGUGAACGUUAACGAUUAAAUAUCUCAAAAUACGGGACAGAGCGAGCUUUUCUCGGCCAGAUUCGUUUGUUUUGGUUAAAAAUGCGUUGAAUGAGUCUAAUUUCGGCGAUUUUUGAGGUGACGUGAACAAUUAUCUAUAUACACACAUAUAUAUAUGUAUAUAAACUAAAUAAAUGCAUAAAGCAAGCCCGAUAAGAUUAAUACUUAAAAAAAAUUACAGUAUGAUUCGUCAUCAACAAGACAUGAGUAGUUGUGAAACACUCAUCAGGCCUAUAGAGAGUUCAAUUAAGGAAAAGUUGGAAGCUGCAUUAAAACCUGUUCACUGCGAAGUUAUUAACGAAUCUUAUAUGCACAAUGUUCCCAAAAACUCUGAGACACAUUUUAAGGUAGUGGUUGUAGCAGAAACAUUUGACAAGCAGCCAUUGAUCAAGCGACACCGAAUGAUAAACCAGUUAUUGCAAGCAGAACUGCAAGGAGGUGUACAUGCUCUAUCAAUUAUAGCGAAAACACCAGAGCAAUGGGAAGCAAGCAAUAAAACAGUAGCCGCGAGUCCUGCUUGCAGGGGCGGUUUUGGAAAGUAACAUGUAAUGAUGUAACGAUUAAUUAUAAGUAUAAAGAUAAUAAUUUAA